UUCUUGGCUUCCAGGCCCAGGGCAGGGGCAGGUUCUGUCCUCAGCUCAGUGCUCCUGCCUUUCCCUGGAGAAGGCUUGGCUGAGCCUGACGGCCACCUCCACCCCCACCCAGGAGGUUCCAUCUUCCUCCAGAAAUCCCAGGACCCUGAAAAGUUCUGGCCUCAAACCAUGAACAGACUCCACAGAUCUAUGGUCUGACCCAGCUCUUCACAAGGGCGAUGUGAGGCCAGGGCAGGAGGGGACAUGGGCAAGGCCUUCCAAAGGGGCACUCAUUCUGCAUUCAUCCUGUUAUGGAGGGUUUCCUACCAUUGGCCAGGCGCUAGUCCCCACCCUCAAGCACUUACAGACACUAGAAGGGGGUGUUUAAAUGGAUUUAGAACAUGUAGACACGCCCCUUGUGAUAUGCCAAGUGUUCCCUCCAUUUUUGAAACAUUAAUUUUUAACACUCUCCAUAGCCUCCGAGAGGAUAGGCUUUUUAUUAUUGCUGAGUGUCCAAUGGGUAAACUGAGGCACAAGCAACACUGCUCUCAAUCUUUGCACCCCUAAAGUGCAAAUAUUAACACCACACAAGUUCUGUGGAGCAGGCAUCUGGACAUGGUUUGUCUGGGUGACUCUGCCUCAAGGUGUCAGUGAAGCAGGAGAUGUGUUUCAACUGAGGCUUGACUGGGGACAGAUUUCCUCCCAAGCUCACUUGCCUGUUGUUCCUUAGGAUGCAGUUUGGACUGAGAGCCCGAGUUGCUGCCUGUUUGCCUGGGCACUUUCUCGGUUCUCUCCUAUGAGGCCCCUACAUUGGGCAGCUCAACACAUGAACGCUUGUUCUCCUUGUUCCAGAGAUAUAACAGACUGAUAGACACACACAUACAGAGAGAAAGUGAAAUCAAGAGGAAGGAAGGGACCUCAAGAACGAGAGUACAAGACAAGUGACAGGACCUGACAUCCCAUCAGCUGGGCUGUCCUCUAUGUUGUUCAGAAGCCAGUUACUGAGCACUCAGCGGACACACAAGGAUGUUCCCACCAGGAGGCUGGACUCCCGCGAAGCCACUGUGAAGGCUUCCACCAAAUGGACCCACAUGAGGCACUGGGUCUGAUUCUAAACUUAACAAGAGACCACGGUGAGGUUUUAGGCCAGGGAGUGACAAUAUCUGAAUUUCCUGUCAUUUGAAACCCUUAAAGGUACAGACUUGAAAAUGAGCAGUGACUUCCAUGACAUCACACACUGGACCCCGGCCCUGUUUUAUCUAAUGUUCCAUGCUGUGUCCCUCUCAUUCUUGUCACUCUUCCACCUCUACGUUUGUUCAUCAGAUUCAUGGGACACGAUCCCACCAUAUUAGGGGCCUUAACUCAUCCACAUUUGAUGGCUUCCUAUGGAAAUGGUGUCUAGCAUCAUCCUCAUUGGGCAGCUUGGGAGACCAGGGAAGCCCUGAGAGGCACAGAGGCUUCCCCAGGACACAAACUAGUAAGAAAGAGGAGGUGUGAACUCAGCUUUCUCUCCCAAACAGGGGGCCUGGUACCUUCCCAGGGAGCUAGGGGGAGGGCUGUGCUGGAUAAUGGUGUACAGGUAUGGAGACGACAUGGGUGAAGAGGGUGAGAGGUCACCAGCCCAGAGGGGGCUUAGGGCAACUCUGAUUGGAGGAAAGGCCCAAGCCAUGGAACCUCGAAGGGGUGAUUUCACUUCCUUUGUGACAGAUCCCCAACAGAAACUGGAACCGUGGUAACCAGGUACCCACAUUCUAGAGACAACUGCCUCUCCACCUCACUUGAGUGGAGAGGCUCAAGAGACUAGGAUGUCUCUCUGCUGCUUCCCGUUCUUCCAACGCUCUGGGCAGAAGAAAGCCCAGAGUGAGAGAUGUUUUUUUUGUUGUAGAAAUUGGUGCAAGUGCUGCCACCGACAUCCUUCGGCCCCUGGCAGGAGGACGCAUCGGGUUACGGUGGACAUCCCAGGGAAGACCUUCCCAAGACAGACCUUAACGUGGCCCCCAGCUAGGGAGGCCCACACGUCUUACUCCUCAUCCCAGAGCUCCAACCAGGAUGUCGUAGAACAGCAGGUUGACAGGUUCUCUGAUGUCAGCAACAGGUACAGAGGACAAGUGGACCAGGCCAGGAAAUUUGUCCAGUGCCAGUCUGAGUGUGUAGCUGAGCAAACUGGUAACCUGCAUGAGUCCUGCAGGAUGCGGGCCCUCCAGGAAGGCACCUCGGAGAAGGUGGCCAUGGCCAUGGUACCAGCUUUCCCGGGGGGAAUCGUCCCCCAUGUCUCCACGCUGGCCCUCUCCAGAGCCCAGCGGUUCCUGGACGAGCUUUUCACUAGGUCGUGUCCACCAUCCAUCAGGGCUGAUGCCAUCAGAGCGUUUUCUCCAUCUGGAGGCACCCCUCCUUACAAUGACCGGGGUGACACAGCGCAAGACCAAGUCAUAAAGGCCUUUGCUGCGAUGGUGGGGACCUGGCUGGACCAGGUCCAGGGUUUGGGACAGCCCCUUCCUAUCGCCUGUUUCGAGGCAGAGCAGGCCUUGGUGCCCGUCAACUCCCCUGCCUCACACCUGGUGGGCCACGCCCAAAGUCAAUGGUUGGAGCUGCAGCAUCUGGAGCCCACCGAGGCAACUCCACAAGGUCCACGCCCUGAGCUCCAGAGCUCUCCCGAGACAAAGAAAGGGCCCGCUCAGGGGCCAGAGCCUGGUCCAAGGACAGGCCCUGCCCUGGCCUGGCCUCGCCCGAGGCAGUACCUGAAGCCAUUAUGGAGCCACCUACUGGCUGUGCUAGAAGCCUUCUCUCUUGCUGUCAGAAGAGUUCUAGGCGAUUAUCUUAAAUAAUUCAGAGGAAUACAUCCCAACUGUACAUUUUCAAUAGUAAAUAAUGAUAAUUUCUAAAAGUACCUACCUAUUUAUGUAGACUAUUUCCCGUUAAGUUAAAUACUCUUUUUGAAUAAAAAAUUGCUGAUUUAAAACACGUGGAUACCAUGUCUACUCUUGUACCUAUACGGAAUCCCAUACACACACACACACACACACACACACACACACAUAUGUACCCAUAUAUGCCGACAUGGAAGGAUGCUCACUGUAUAAUACAGUUUUAAAAUAAGUUUUGAAACAUUUAAUCUUUUUCUGAUUACUAUGUAUACACUGAUAAAAUGGG